UUAUCAUAUGUUAACAAAAUUUUGUCGUACUUAAAAGAAAAAUCACAUCCACCUACACUGGCCAAUAUAGCUUUUGUAAACAUACAAAAAGACAAAACAACAACAAUACACAAUGCCAAAGAAAAUGGGUAUAAAUUCGAAAGCAGCCGAGGCCCGCGAACGCAUCAGCGCCAACAAAAAGGCGACCCAGGAGCGCAGUGUGAAAGAAGCGGAAGAUCGUUUAUGGCGAGACGAUGACAAGAAUUUGGCCAAGAAGCAACAGCGACGCGAAGAAGAAGAAAAGAAACGAGCGGAAACAGCGCGACGCAAAGCGGAAUCGAAGGCUUUGCUGGAUGAGGAGGUGAGCGCGAUAAGCACACAACGCAAGCAGCCGUUGGCCAAGAUAAAUCGUCAGCAGAUCCUGGAGGAAAUGAGUCGAAAACAGCGCGUCCUCGAGGCCAUCAAUGAAGCCAACAAGCCACCGCCAACGCGAGUCGUCGUCCAGCAGAAUGUCAUCGAGGAGAAUUUAAAUCGAUCUCUGGCUGAUACGAUGGUUGCCACAAAUGUUGAUCAGGCCCUGGCUGUACUUACUGUCAAUGACAACGAGGACGAUAAGCAUCCAGAGAAACGUAUGCGGGCAGCCUAUAAAACAUUCGAAGCAAAUAAUAUGCCACGCAUUAAAGCUGAGAAUCCUUCAUUGCGUAUGUCUCAGUGGAAGCAAAUGUUAAUGAAGGAAUGGAACAAGUCUCCCGAUAAUCCUUUUAAUCAGUAACUUGAGAAUUUGUCGUCGCCGGCUGGAAAUCUCAACUGCGUAGCAGUCGAUGCCAGCACCCCCAUUAACUGGAGAAAAUAGAGAAAAAAACAAAACAAUUUUGAAAUUGUUCUUUAAUUUAUGCUUAAUUUAAUUGUAGAAUUGAAAAUAUAUUUACCAAUCUUA